AUGAAGACAACUACGAUCCUCGCGGUUCUAGGUCUCGCCGCCCCCGCGCUGGCGCAGUGCGGCGCGCCCAAGGGUGCCAAGUGUACCACGCCUGGCCAGAUCGCAUGCGAGUACAUGGGCGGCCACAUGCUGUACUGCGACGGUCAUUGGAAAGCCGGCACGAACUGCGCCGCCUACCACAAACCCUGCCUCUGCGAAAAGGGCACUUGCGGUCCAUGA